AGAAUGUCCCUUUAAUGGUGAAACUAAACCUGGCCAUAGACCCUGGUGUUUUGUUUUGGACCCUGACGCUCAUGUUAAGAGCCACAUAAAGAGGAUUACAUUCCACCUAAGAGGGCCCGUUGAUGCCAGGCUGGUGGACGGGGACGGUCACUGCUCUGGCAGGCUGGAGAUGAAGAAUCAUGGAGAGUGGAGAGCUCUGAUCGCGGAGAGCAAUGACAGAAAUACCAACAUCUGGUAUGGAGAAGUGGCGUGCAGGCAAAUGGGUUGCGGCGCUGCGGUGUCCUUAACGCUGAACAGCAACGACACGGAGCGAGCAGCGUGGGGUGUGGGCUUCAGAUGCAAAGGAACAGAGUCCACUCUGAAGGACUGCAAACAUCCCACCAGAAGAGGACAGGUGCAGGGAAAAGUAGCUUCUGCCUCCAGUCUUCAGGUGGUCUGCUCAGAAACCGUGAGGCGGGCUGGAGGUGCAGUUCUCUGCACAGUUGGUUUUGAGAUCAGGUCUGAUCAAGGCUGGGUCCCAGUGUGUGAGGAGGGCUUUGACUCUGCAGCUCAGACGGUGAUCUGCAGGGAGCUCGGCUGUGGGGCUCCAAGGUAUUUUGCGGGGUCUAUUUACAGCCAAAAACCGACCUUAUCCAAAAAGCUCCAGUGUCAAGGCAACGAGUCCCGUCUGGAGGACUGCACCAGUUCAGUCCCCGAGACCUGCAGACCAACUGCUGGGAUCUCAUGCUUAAAUGUGAACGGCCUGAGGCUCACAGGAGGAGAGAAUGCCUGCACAGGCACCCUGGAGGGACAGCUGGUGGGGGAGUGGAGGCCUUUGUGGGACUCGUGGGGUUUCCAUAAAUCAGAACCCUAUGCUGACCUCUGUGAGAAGCUGGGAUGUGGAAGUUUCAUCUCAACGAGUACAAUUUAUUUUCCAAAGCAUCAAGCUGUGUGGCAGACAUCGACUGACUGUCGUCGUCACACAAGUCCAUUCUUCUGUAUGUCGUGGACCGGGUACGGAUCACGCUCACUCAUCACUAUGACCUGUAAAGAGGCUGUGAGACUAGAUGGACCCCAAAGAUGCUCAGGAAAACUGGAAGUGAAGUCUGGGAAGUCGUGGGUUCCCGUGUGUUACUCUUCCUUCACCCCGGAGGCAGCGCUCAUCACCUGCAGAGAUCUGGAGUGUGGUUUCCCUCAGAAGGUCUUUGGGACCAACUCAGAAUUCUUUCCAGAAAAAGCAGUCAGCAGCAGGAGUCCGGUCUUUAACUGUGCAGGAUCAGAGAAGUUCCUCACGGAUUGUUCCUCCACUGCCAUCGGCGCCACAAAGGAGGAGCUGAGUCAAUGUUACGAUACAACAAUUACCUGCGCAGAGCGUCCAGCUCCACCUUCCCUCGAUGUCUUCACUCUGCCUGAUGGUCACUCCUCCUCCGCAGUUAUUUUAAAGGGCCAUCGUUUUUCCGUCUCUUGCUCCGUGUCUUCCCCGUACAGUGUUCUCUCGUUCCGCCUGACGUCUCUCAUUGACACUACACACGAGUCGGAACAGCUCCAGACGGCGGUGGACGGGAAAGCCGUCUUCCUGUUUCCUGCUGCAGAGGACGCAGACCGAGGAACCUACAGCUGCAAUUACAAUUUUAACUUCAGCUCCGAGGUCUUCUCACAGGGAGAGACUCUCAUCAUCAGGGUCCAAGAUAAUAAUUAUCUGAGGCUGGUGAGCGAGGAAAGCCGCUGCAUCGGUGGACUGGAGCUGAAACAUCAGGGCGAGUGGAGGCCGCUGAGUCAGCGUCACUCCUGGAGUCUGAAGGAGGCGAGUGUGGUGUGCAGACAGCUCAGCUGCGGCUCUGCUGUUUCCACACGUAGAAACCAGUCCGCUGAAGUCCUGCCCACGUGGCGCUUUCACUCCGACUGUGACGGCUCCGAGCAAGCGCUGAUGGACUGCGGGGCGGUGACGAAGUGGCCGUCUUCUUCCUCUGUGGAGGUCGUCUGUUCAGACGUUCUGCUCCAACCCAACAUUUCUUUGUUCUCCUCCAUGAGCGAGCACCUGGACGACCAGCAGCAGGAGGCUCAUCUGGUCAAAGACCACAGCUUCACCUUCACCUGCUCCGUGAAGCCUCAGUAUCCCGGAGGUCACUUCAGACUCGUCUUCACCGGCUUCAACCAGACCAGCAGCUUCACCAAACCGGCCGUCAAUCACUCUGCACGCUUCAGGUUUGAUGCUGCAGACAAGACCCACAAAGGGAACUACAGCUGUGUUUAUCACCACUUCAUCUUCAGUCAGAACUUCUCCUCUGAGAGUCUCAGCUUCACUGUCGCUCUGUUAGAGCAUGUCCCCGUGAGGUUGGACGAUGGCGUGCUGAGAGAGGACGACAGUGAGCCCUGUGCUGGCAGACUGUUGGUGAGCCGUGGGGAAGACUUCAUGCUGCUGAGCACCGAGUCCUCAGCGUGGGACCUGAAACACGCCUCUCUGGUGUGCAGACAGCUCGGCUGUGGAUCUGCAUCUUCCACCUCAGGAGUCAAACUUCCCCAGAACAUGUUGAUGGCACGUUUCUUCUCUGACUGUGACGGGUCAGAGUCUGCGCUGCUGGACUGUGGGACCGUGCUGCCCUGGAUCUCGUCCACUGCUGUCCAGGUGGUCUGCACAGGCCAUCAGGUGGAGGCAGGACAGAACUGAGGACCUGAAGGAGGACUGUUGAGACCUGAGUGGUGUUUGAAUGAUGGUGCAGAGAGGAACAGACGCAGUGAGGGAGCAGCCGAUUGUAUGAUGCUCCUGUUUGAUGAAAUGUUUCCCUCGUGUCAGCGUCAAGAGGGGAGGAGCAUUAGGGGGAUGAAGAUGAGACCUGUAAUACAAGAAGCUGCAGUGUGAUCUAGACCUCUAAGGGGGUUUGUCUCAGUCCUUCAGUACUUCAGAUCCUUCAUUCUUGCCCUGUUCUUAGUUGGUGUCUUUGUUCGGGUAACUGUUGGUUCGAUUAUUAUUAAAACAUUCACCUCUAUCA